AUGCGUCCGCUCCCCGUCGCGUCCGCGCGCGCGACCAUCUCCGGGAGGUCCGUCCGCGCGCUGGACGCGCCGCGACGGAGGGCCCUCCGGCGCGUCGUCGCCGCGUCCGCGGCCGCCGCGGCGAAGCGCGCGAGGAGAUCUCAACCGUCGGUCGAUCCGCCGCCCGCGCGCGCGGGCGCGGCCGCGCCGUCGCCGUCGUCGCCCUCCGCGGACCACCUCUCGAAGACCGCGCUCGGGUCGUGCGCGCUGCUCGCGAUGUGCGCGGUCGUCGAGCCCGCGUCCGCGAGGGACGUCACGGUCUCCCUCCCCGACCUCCCGGACUUUGGCGAGGUCUCCACCUCGCUGCGCGUCGCGCUCGACGGCCUCUCCAACCUGGAGGUGCCGUCCACGCGGAUGGAGUUCCUGCGGCUCGUCCUGAGCAACCCGAUCGCCGCGGUCGCGGUGAGCGUCAGCGCGUACCUCGUCAUCCCGAAAGCCUCCGAGCUGCUCGUCAAGUUCGUGCUCGCGCCGGCGAUCGUGCUCGUCGUCGCCGCCGCGGCGGCGCAGCACCCCGCGGAGACCUCCGCCGUCGCCGCCGCCGCGAUUCGAGAAGUUCGCGACAACCCGACCGUCACGAGCGGCGUCAUCCUCGCGCUGUGCGUGGUGUUCCUGUCCCCGUACUUCCUCGUCGCCGGGUUCGCGGCGAUCAUCGUGUCCGGGGUGAACGUCCUCCCGGACGCGCUCAAGCCCGCGCUCCCGCGGCCGCUUCGAGACGCGACGAAUCAGAUCGCCGCGUUGCAACGCGCCGCCGACCCGAGCGUGAAGCGCGUUCAAGGGUUCUCCGACGAGGCGUACAGACGGUCGAUGGAGGUGAAGAGCGAGAUGGAGAGACUGGCCGCGGAGGAGGCGGAGCGCGACCGCGCGGAGGCGAUCAGGAGACGCGCGGAGACGGUCGCGAGCGGGGUGACGAGCGCGAUAACCGCGCCCGCGAGGGAGGCGGAAAGGCGCGUCCGCGACGCCGCCGAAAUCGCAGCCGACGCCGCGUCCGACGCCGCGGACGUCGUCCGAGACGUGAACGCGGAGGCGACGUCCGUGACGCGGUGCGUGGAUAAGCCCACGGCGGCAUCGAGGGCGGCGUGCGUUGACGAGAACCGCGCGGAGCGGACCGCGAGGGAGGCGAAGCGGACGGAGGCGCUGCGAGCCAAGGCGCGGCGUCUUCGAGCGAACAGCGCCAAGGCGACGCCGCCUAUUCCGCCGCCGCCGGACGUUCUCGGCGCGCUGACGCGAACGACGGAGAAGUGA